CUUCAUCAACUUCUAGGAUUUUUAUUAAAGUGCUCCGUUUCUAGCGUUUAAAAGAACUUUUGUGGUCGACUGUGAUAGUAAGAUUAACUUGAAAAUAGCAAGUAAUGGAAAUGGAAGGUGCCGAAUGCUUCGACGGGCUGUGCCGGAUCUGCUCGUCUCCCGGAUCACACAGUAUUUUUACGCGUAUACCCGCUUUUCUGCACGACCACUAUCGGGAAUACGCUCGCUGGAAACAACCAAUCUACCUGUUGAUCGUAGAAGUCACCGGAGUUGAGAUCACCAAUAACGAUUCGCUACCGAAGAAGAUCUGUGAGUUGUGCAUCUCGUACCUGAAACACGCGUACACUUUCCGACGUCAGGCACUCGACAAUAUUGCGGGGCUGCUGGCGGCCAAGUACCUGUCCAGUCAUCAUCAUAGAAGCCAGAAGAAGGACAAACAUUUGCCAAAGCUAGCGGAUAUAGAUUCUUCGCAUGAUAUUAUUCCGCUGGAAGCAGGAACAGCAGCAGGUGACGCGUAUCAUAACGUGAAUCUUGCCUCGUCCACCGAUCUCAACGGUCAGUCGGCGUUGAAACAGCCCAAGAAAAAGAUGAUGCACCGAUUCGUUGCCACGAAACCACCCAACAACAACGCAGAGGAAGAGCCCGAGUUUCUUGGGAAGCUGGCAGUAGGCGAUGGUACCGGGAUCUUCGGGUACCGCGAGAAAGUUUUCGUUGAGGACGAUGUGAUGGAACUGGAUGGUCUGGGAGAGCACGGUAUCACCUUCACGUUACCCGAGGAUUACAAGGAAAAGAAAUGUUUCGCCUGCCGGAAACGUUUCAUGUUUUCGGAAACGUACACCGAACACCUCAACGAGUGUUUGCUGUACAAGCUGACCGAGGCGAUCCGCUCGCUCCGUGAUAUGCUGGCCCUGAAAGAGCAAAGUGCAAUAUCGACGUUUGACUUUAUGCGCAGAGCUGUAUUUACGAUUCGAAAGUGCUACCAGUUGGUACGCUCGUAUGAUGGGGAAGUAGGCGAUGGGCCGAUGUUGGAUUUGCCUGAUGGUGUUGCAGAAGAGGAAUCAGCAGUUGAUGGCAUUGCCCCUUCCAUACUGGAUUCGCUUAGUGAAAGUGAUUCUUCUAAUUCACCCUCAAAUGUGAAGCCACUGGCUAGGAUUGCAUACCCGUACGAAUCCAAAUCCAUGAACAACGGAACCCUAUCGAUGCUACCGUUCAGUACCAUGCAGCUCCCGAUAGCGAGCGUUCCACGGAAAACAUAUGCACCACCAAUGGCUGCUACCAUUCAUUCGAAUCUGGAAAUCAUUAAAAAUCGUCUCACGAAAACGGAGGCGGAAGAGGUGAACGAAAACAGUGGCUCGGCGCAGAUCUACAAGACGAUCAAAUGUAAAAAGUGUGACGGUCGCUUUGUUACCAUUUCGCACCUGGAUGAACACACGAAGAAGGUGCAUCAGUCCAAGGUGCGAACGCUCAUUUGAUUGUAGCUAAACGGUGAUCCCGGUCGUCGCUGAUGAACCGCUACGGACGCACUAAGACUGAUAGACACGCGCUCUUCCGGUGGGGCGAAUAAAAUGAUUCCAAUUUUCGUUCAGCUGUGCGUUUAAGCGACCAUACCAUAAACGAUCUGCACACUAGUUUGAAUAUUUUUUUUUACAUAUCGCGAUUAUUAAAAAAUAAUCUAAAUUGGUAAUAACAUAUUUAACGUUUGAGUGAAGACUCAUAAUCGGUGAUACGCGCUGGUUCUAUGCUCUAGCACUGAAUGUAUUUGAUUAAUUGUUUGCUUGCUUGUUUGCGGGUUUUGCUUGUGACAUGUUCUUACAUAAAUUAUUUAAUUACCACUGCCGUGUUCACGUCGCUUACGCACAAACCACAAUCAACUACUGUACUUCAACAAGAUGUUCGAAUAAUUCCAUAAUAAAUUUAAA